UUUUGUUUUUCGCAUUUCAAUUUUUAAAAGAAAAGACUCGAGAGUCAAACGAUGUAGACUCCUACUGAAUCGUCGUCGUCAUUCGCUUCUUUUCAAAAUCAACGAUAAGGAGAAAAUCGAGAUUCAGGUGUGAACCCUCUGAAGAUCCAGCUUCUUUUUUUUUUUUUUCCAUGGCGGACGAUGGAAUCACUCUACCGCAGUAUCAAGUGUUCAUCAAUUUCAGAGGAGACGAGCUACGGAAAAGCUUUGUCGGCUUUCUCGUCAAGCCCAUGAUAUUCGGGAAGAUCAACGUGUUCACUGACGAAAUUGAGCUGAAAGGUACAGAUCUGCAAAAUCUCUUCGCGAGGAUCGAGGAAUCGAGAGUCGCGGUGGCGAUUUUCUCCGAGAGGUACACGGAAUCGCGAUGGUGCUUGGAUGAGCUCGUGAAGAUGAAGGAGCUGAUGGAAGAAGGCAAACUCGUGGUGAUUCCCGUUUUCUACAGGUUAAGCGCCACCGCGUGUAAAAAUCUGGAAGGAGCUUUCGGCGACAAGUUCAGGAAACUGAACUGGGAGUAUCGGAGUGAGCCUGAGAGGAUCAUGAAAUGGGAAGAAGCUCUUGUAUCUGUUUCGAAUAACAUUGGGCUAAGCUUGAAUGUACAGAGCGACGAGAGCAAAUUCGUCGACACAAUCGUUGAGCAUGUGAAGAGAGUGCUACUCGUGACUUUGACCAAAGAAAGAGAAAACUCUAAGAAUCAAAACAAAGAAACGUUUACUGACAGAACGAUCACAGGAGAAAGAGAAGAGCCUGAUACUACACCUAGAUUUGGAGUCGAGCAACGCCUCAAGCAACUUGAAGAGAAGUUACAAUUUGGCUAUGAACAAACCCGUUUCGUCGGAGUUGUUGGGAUGCUUGGGAUUGGCAAAACCACUCUUGCGAAAAUGUUGUAUGAAAAAUGGGAAGACAAGUUUAAGAGCGGCAUGUUUUUUCCAGACGUUGGUACGAUGUCAAAGGAACACGGAUUGGAUUGGCUGCAGAAGAGAUUGAUGCAAGAGCUUUUGAAGGAUAUUCGUCCUAACAUAGGAUAUACAGAGAAUGCACAUGAGUUUUGGAAAGAUGAUCUUCUCAGUAGGAAAGUUUUUGUUGUUCUAGACGAUGUUAGUGGCAAGAAACAGAUCAAGUUUCUUCUUGGUAAACGCGACUGGAUCAAGAAAGGAAGCAAGAUUGUUAUUACAUCGAGCAACGAGUCACUGCUUCAGGAUCUUGUGAACGAUACGUAUGAAGUCCCGAGAUUGAACAGCAGAGACAGUUUACAGUGCUUCACUAAUCACGCCUUUGGUUUGGAUUAUGCCAAGGGGAAAUUCAUGAAGCUGUCCAGAAACAUUCUGGAUUAUGCCAAAGGCAACCCACUAGCUCUCAAGGCUUUGGGUGUAGAGCUUCGAGGGAAAGACGAGGCUUACUGGGAACAGAGGAUUGGUACACUGACACAACGUUCCAAUAAGAUGAUCCAAGAUGUCUUGAGCAGAAGAUAUGAUGAACUCACAAGAGGACAGAAAGAUGCUUUUCUUGACGUUGCUUGUUUCUUCAAAUCAGAGAAUGCAAAUUUUGUAAGAUGCCUGGUGGAUUCAUGUGAUUCUGAGGCCUGGGAUGACAUGAGGGAUCUGACAGAUAAGUUUCUCGUCAGUAUUUCUGGUUGUCGAGUUGAGAUGCAUGAUAUGUUGUGCACAUUUGCCAAAGAGCUUGCUUCACAAGCAUUGGCUAAAAAUACAGGGAUCCAAUUCAGGCUGUGGAACCAUCAAGACAUCAUUUGUGUGCUGAAGAACAAAUUGGAAAUAAAAAAUGUCAGGGGUUUUUUUCUAGACAUGUCUGAAGUUCCGGGGAUAAUGAGCGUUGAUGCUAAAAUCUUCAGCAGUAUGUGCAAUCUUCUAUAUCUCAAAAUAUACAGUUCUGCUUUUCUUCAAGAAGGCAAAGCAGACUUCAAAAUUGGCAUUUCUGAGGAGCUUCAGUUGCCAUUAGAUAAGGUGAUGUAUCUCCACUGGCUGAAAUAUCCAUUGGAGAAACUUCCAUCAGACUUCAACGCAAAGAAGCUUGUUAAUCUCGAGCUGCCUUACAGCUCUAUUAAGCAAGUUUGGGAUGGUGUUAAGGAAACCCCAAAUCUAAAAUGGGUCGAUCUCAGUAAUUCACGUAAACUGAACAACCUUUCUGGUUUGUCAAAUGCUCAAAACCUUGAAAGACUGAAUCUUGAAGGCUGCACAAGUCUGGUUAACUUGCUUCAGGAGAUGGAGAACAUGAAGAGUCUCAUCUUCCUAAACAUGAGACGUUGUAAGCGUCUCAAGUUUCUCCCAGUGAUGAAGCUAAGCUCUCUGAAGAUUCUCAUACUCAGUAACUGCUCGAAACUUCAGGAAUUUGAGGUGAUCUCGGAAAAUCUGGAAGCUUUAUAUUUAGAUGGCACUGCUUUAAAAGAACUUCCUCCAGCCACUGGGAAUCUGGAGAGACUUUCCAUAUUGAAUUUGAAAGGUUGUGAAUUGCUGGAGAGUCUUCCUGAAUGUCUUGGAAAACAGAAAGCUCUUGAAGAGCUAAUACUCUCAGGCUGUUCAAAGCUCGAGAGUGUUCCAAAGGACAUAGAAAACAUGAGAUAUCUGCGGAUCUUACUUCUUGAUGGCACAAGAAUAAAAGAGACGCCAGAGAUUUACUCACUGCAGCGUUUAUGCUUGAGUAGAAACAAUGCAAUGGUACGUCUGCAAGGUAACAUCAGUCAACUUUAUCGUCUGAAAUGGCUUGACUUGAAGAACUGCGAGAAUCUUAGAUACCUUCCGACGCUUCCACCAAAUCUCGAGUUCUUCGACGCACAUGGCUGUGAGAGACUUGAAUCAGUAGCGAACCCGUUGGCCCUUCGUAUGAUGACUGAGCAGAUCCGUUCCACUUUCCUUUUCACUAAUUGUAACAAUCUUGAACAAGAUGCAAGGGAUGAUAUCUCGUCCUACGCCCAAUGGAAAUGCCAUAGACUUGCGCUUGAAUGCUACGAUAGGGGUGUAGUUUCAGGAGCUUCAUUCAACCUUUGCUAUCCUGGAUUUGAAGUCCCUUCGUGGUUCAACCACCAAGCAGUUGGUUCAGUGUUAGAGCCAAAGCUGCAACUACGUUGGUGUAACAAUAGGCUUUCCGGGAUAGCUCUUUGCGCAGUUGUCUCAUUCCAUGACAACGAAUAUCCGAUUGACACUUUCUCAGUAAAAUGCAGAAUCCAGUUAGAAAACGAAGAAGGGCCUCCUAUCAGCUUAGAUUGUGAUGUUGGAGAAUUGAGAGAACCAGGAAAGAUUGAGUCAGACCAUGUUUUUAUCGGCUACGCUAGUUGCUUACACCUAGAAAAACGUUUGGAGGAUCAAUACUCUGGUAAUAACUCUAUACAUACAAAGGCCUUCCUUGAGUUCUACGUUAAUGAUGCCUGUAAAAGUGAAGUGGUGAAUUGUGGGAUAAGUCUUGUGUACGCGGAACCACAUCACGUACCCGUUGAAGCAAACCCAUAUAUAAGUUCUUCGAAAAAGAGUGGUGGCUGGCUUGAUGAUUUAUUGGGUUACAUCUUUCUUAGUUUUUUCUGUGUAAUCGUCUUUGCUCCUCACUAUUACUUGAGGUUCUUGAAGUUCUUUUGGCCGCUAGUUGCUAUAUUUCUUUGCCUUUUGGCUAUUGGAUUGUUUAUGGAGUGGAAGGAUGGGAAACCAAAACAGCAGAAAAGAAGCCAGACGCAUGGAACAUGAUAGACAAAUGCCACGUAACUUAUUCAUUAAUCAGGAGACACACACAACACCUUCUCAGAAGUUUGAGGAGUCAGAUUGAUGCUUGGGCAAGGUUCUGAAGAUUGAAUGCUAACAUAAUCACAGACAGGUUUUGUUGGUCUAAUCACGGAGAUAAUUAAAAGCGGUUAAGAAAGCACCUCACAUGUCAGCGGAGAUCAUUUUGAGUGAUUAGCAAGUUUCCUUGAAGGCUCUUUUGGUUACUUUAUUCUUCAUUGAUGCGAGAUCUUUGAAGAAUGCUAACUGAUUCUUGUUUUGGUUGCUGUCUUGUUACUUGCGGAUGAGGACAAGCUCCUUCGUAACAAGACAGCAACAAACACAAGAACCAAUUAGCAUUGUUUGUAAAUUAGCUGAUAUCAUUGUUUGUUAUACGUGACUACUAUUAGAGAGCACAAUGUUUUAUGUUGUUGCCUGAUUCUGUAUGCCAUUUCAUAGUCCUAUUCCUUAGAUAAGUGUUAUGUAAAAAAAGUUUAUAUUACAUAAAGACUUAUGAUAAUGGCGUAGACUCCUUCAGACAGUUAAUAAUUCAAUGGAUUGGUCCAUA